AUGAGUGCAGGAAAUAAUACUCACUUAAACUGGCUCAAUGUCGGUAUUGGGUUCUGCUUUGUGGCCGCCGACGCCGUGGUCUCGUAUGGACUUGGGCUGGGGGUCGGAACGUCACUUGUCUCGGCUGCUAUACGAUGCAUAGUUCAACUUUCUAUCAUGGCUCUGGUGCUCCAGAGUGUCUUCGAAGCAAGUAGCCCGUGGGCGGUAGCAGGGAUAUCAUGCCUCCUGCUUGUCCUUGGUAGUUUCGAAACAGUAAACUCUCCUGAUCCAGUUGCCAACAAGAGCAAGUACCGUUUCUCCGGAAUGGUAGUUUCCCUCAACAUUCGUGGCAAUGGCCAUAUCAACAAUACCGUUUCGAUUAUCGGCACCCGGUUCGCCAUGUCCGAGACCGAGUUUUGGGCAGCAGAGAAAUACAUUCCUAUCUUGGGUAUGCUGUGCGGAUCAACAAUCUCUGGUAUUGUCGUGGCAACAACCUCGGUACUCAAAGAACUCCAUGCAGGAAAUAAUACUCACUUAAACUGGCUCAAUGUCGGUAUUGGGUUCUGCUUUGUGGCCGCCGACGCCGUGGUCUCGUAUGGACUUGGGCUGGGGGUCGGAACGUCACUUGUCUCGGCUGCUAUACGAUGCAUAGUUCAACUUUCUAUCAUGGCUCUGGUGCUCCAGAGUGUCUUCGAAGCAAGUAGCCCGUGGGCGGUAGCAGGGAUAUCAUGCCUCCUGCUUGUCCUUGGUAGUUUCGAAACAGUUGCCAACAAGAGCAGUACCGUUUCUCCGGAAUGGUAG